GAUGGUUUCAUUAUCGCUUAUUGUUGUAGGACAAUAACAUCUAUAAAACAAUUUGCUGUAAAAUUAUAUGCUGGAAGAUCAAUUUUAUAAUAAAAACACCAAUAUUUAUAUAAGUCUACAGCAUAGAAGUUGAUCCUAACAUCCAAUUUGCAUUUAUAAGUGUCAAUCUGUGAGUGUAGUGUUAAGAAGUACCAUUAUGUCUUUUUUGUGCUAGUUGUUUCUUACAAGGUUUUUUUGUAAAGAAUUAUUACGAACUUUUUGCUAUUUUCGUUAUGCUUGAAUGUGGCCUGCCCCAUAAGAGAUAGCGAUGGCGAAUUUGAACUUUACAAGAAACAUUGGAGGAAACAAUCUUGGAAGAACAAGUGUUAGUUUCGGUAGUAAUUCUAUGUCUGGACAUGUUACUCCUGUUCUCGGACAAAGAAUACCUUCGGAGCGACGAGCCCUUCCUACUAUGGGAAACGCAAAUCAAAUGGGUCACAUGAGUACCUUAGGAGGUUAUAGUUCCUUUAACUCGGUUUUUGGUUCUGGUGAUACCAACACUCCAUCUCUUUUAGACUUUAACGAAUUUCCUUCACUUACAAAUCGAAACUCUGGUGAUAACGUGCCGCAGCCAAGUCCAAUGCCCGGUGGUAAGCCCUAUGUAGGAAUGGUCAAACAACCCACGUCGGAAUCCAGCGAAUUUACAAUGUCCUCGGAGGAUUUUCCUGCGUUACCUGGUACGCAGAAUAGGGAAGGAGCGUCGCCUGGAAGUAAUGCUUCGGGAGACAAAGGAGUGAGUGGAGGUGCGGGAGAUGGUGUGAAUUCAAGAGAAGGAGACAAGAGUGGUUCAAAAUCAGGUAUUCAGACGUCGCCUGAUGGCAGAAUAACAAAUAUUCCAGCAAGUAUGGUGAAUGAUCAAUUUGGUAUAGUAGGUUUGUUGACCUUUAUAAGGGCAGCUGAGACUGAUCCAAAUCUUGUAUCAUUGGCCCUAGGCCAAGAUUUGACUGCACUUGGACUGAAUCUCAAUUCACCUGAUAACCUAUACCCCACGUUUGCUGGACCCUGGGCGGAACACCCAUGUCGGCCGCAGGACAUCGAUUUCCAUGUACCUCCUGAGUAUAUCAUUAACCAUGCGAUAAGGGAGAAACUCGCAUCAAUGAAACUAAGUCGGUAUAAAGACGACUUACUGUUUUUUAUGUUUUAUAAUAAUGUUGGUGACGUACUUCAAAUUGCAGCUGCCUCAGAACUAUACAGCCGAGAGUGGAGGUACCACAUAGAAGAAAAACUUUGGAUGACGCAAGUACCGGGUAUGGUUCUAAUGGAAAAGACAUCAACAUACGAGAGAGGGACUUACUACUUCUUCGACCCGCAAAAUUGGCGGAAAAUCCCAAAAGAAUUCUAUUUGGAAUACAGCAAACUCGAAGGGCGACCGGUCAUGAAUCAAAACCUACACCACAAUUCAUGAAAGUCCUUAUCCAUGACACCACCCGUUUAUGAAUAAAUGAAAAGUGUAUAAUUAUAUUUGGAAUAGAAUUGGUUCGUUCAUAAAACAUUAAGACCACUGUUUUAAAAUAGGUUGAGAUCACGAGGUGAUUGAUAUCAGUCGCUAGUCCAGAUCCGUACAAUGCUAAUUAAUUUUAUUGUUUCAUGCUGUAAAAUUAUUUGCUAAAAUAAAUUUUAUGAAACUUACAGAAAUAUCGUUAGACUUAUUGUGAUGUGGGGUUGCAUUCUACAGUCAUUUAUAAUAGACUUUAUCAACGAUAAGUGUAUGGUAUUAUGGUUAUACCAUACACUAGUCUCCAUUUUCCUAUUACUAUAUUUGUUUAUUAUGAUAAUGUAUGGACGUAAUAUGAUUAGAACACCGGCAAACCAAUAAAUACUUUUUAUUUUAAAGUAACUUACCACUAACUGAUAUUAACUUUAUUAAGCAAAUACUGUAAGGGAGAAAAAUAAAAAUUCAUUUUGUACUCGUAUACUGCUCCACAUAAAUAAUUUCCUAUAUUUAAAACUUAAGGAAUAUAUUUAUGUAUUUUUUCCGUUGCCAGUACAAAACGAUUAAAUCAAUAAAUUCUUAUUUUACAGAGAAUCUUCCUAAGACUGUUAAAAGAGCUUCUGGCUUUUUCAAUACGAGUUCUUAUUUCGUAGCUAUGAUCUUAAGUAUCCUUAAUAUUGUAGCACAAAUAGCAUAUUUUUUCCACUCUUUCUAACGGUGUAUCGUUUAUUGUAAUUUGGGCGUUUAUGUUGGUAUUUUUACUAAUGAUCAUUAUUUUUGUCUUCUUGCAGUUUAGUGUCUUAUCAUCUAUUUUUCGAAGGGUUUUCAUGUCUGCUGUUUCCAGCACUUUUUUUGUCCUACUUGUGUCAGGUCGUGUUUCUGCCGCAUAUGUCAUUUUCCUCUUCAGCCCCAAGAAAAAAGUUUUUAUUAUUUUAAUAAUAUUUUCUAUUUUCUCUCGUCAUUUGCGAAAACAAUAAACGAAAAUCUAUAAAAACUAUAAAUAAAUUAUUUGACACACAUAAUAUGACAGGUCCAGCAUAAUGCACAUCAGGACUUAGCUUUCAUAUAAUUUAAAUAUGAAACUGAAAAAACAUUCUGGUUAAUGAGAAAUACACAUAUACAUUUUGCAUUUUGUACAAAAGAAUCUCGUCUUCUUAGUGCAUCCAAGAGGUUUAGGCAACGCGAUAAGAAUAUCUAUUGCUGACAGAGCAUAUUGGCAAAUGGUCAUUACUGGUUUUUCUUACAUCUAUAGGCGGUAACUUGAAAACUGUAGACUUUUUACAGGAGUUAUGGGCACUUCAUCUUCAGAUGUCUGGUUCUCUUGAAAUAGACGCACUAGCUUGUCUCCCACUUGCAGGCUUACCACCUAGAGCUAGUGACCUUCCAACAUGCAUCUUCAAAUUCCUGUAAAUCCAUUUCCUUUGAUCAUUAUCGCUGUCUUCACUGACUAAAAAAGUCGUUAUCUGUCGAAAUAGUCUCCAAUUCACGUUUCAUCAAUAUCCUUUUACUAUUUGUAACUAAACUUAAAAAACGUGAGUAUGGUAACAUAUUUUGCUAACUAAGUCCCAAUGUCCAAAAUGCUGGACAAAAAGUUUAGAGGACCCCUGAAGUGUCCAGUUGUAAUUAUUUUCAAAUAUAUAUUUACCACAAAUACGUCCAAUCAUCAAGUAACAUACAUUAAAAACAAUCAAUACUGUAAAGUAUAGAAAAACACUACAACUUACUGUAUUUUUGUGGAGCCACCAUCAUAACUUAAAAAAUUUCACCACAUGUAACAACAAACUACCGAGGUAGCCGCUGUUGUCAAAUUUUUGAAACGAGUAAAUUUGGCUGAUAAAAAGGAAGUCCAAUAUGCUGCAAUAUAGAACGCAGCGAUGCCCAACGCGAAUAGUCACCGUGUAAUAAAUUAGUAGAUAUUGUCCAGCUGGCUGGACCUAUGGACUUACGAGGUUAUUGCUCUGAUGACUGUUAAGUAAAUUCUGCCUUUCAUUUCACACAUAUUGUGUCAUUCAGGCAACCUACGGCUCUGUUUGCUCUAUUCACUUGAUCUUCCACUGUUUCCGAGCCUUCCGUAGCUAGAUAGUGUCAUGCCUAGGAAUUUAAACUCCAUCACUUGUUCUAUUAUCUGACCUUCCAGCUCCAAUUUACAUCUUAUUGGAUCUGCUGUUAUAACCAUGCAUUUUGUCUUUUUUGAGGAAAUUAACAUGUUAAAUUUUCUGGCGGUUAUGUUAAAUUGGUGCAGCACACGUUGUAAACCAUCUUCACUUUGAGUGAUUAGUAUUGCAUCGUGUGCAAAGCAGAUUAGUUUAAGUUGUUUUUCUCCCAUUUGGUAUCCUUUUUUAGCUCUUACUUUUUUUAAUAUUUCGUCAAUGAUAUGGUUGAACAAUAAAGGACUCAGGGAAAUGUCUUAUCCCAUUGCCAGCUUCAAUUGUGUUAGUUAGUUCAUCUUCUACUUUUACUUUUAUUGUGUGGUUCUACUAGAUGUUUACGAUCGUUUUAAUUAUUCCUAGAGGUCUCUUGGGUAUAACAAAUGGAUAACUUCCUUUAAUUUGACCCUGUCAAAUGCCUUCUUAUGGUCCUCGAAACAUAAAUAUGCCGGUUUGUUAUAUUAUAAUGAUUUCUCUUGAACUUGCCUCAUAAAUAUAGCGUCGGUGCAUGAUCUUCCCGACCUAAAAUCUUGUCAGUCGGUCAUUCAGUCUUCCAUUGUAUACAAUUUCAUUCACUGUGUCAGUUAGUUUUACAUGGUAUACAGACCGUCCGUCUCCUAUCAAUGUUUUAUUGCCGCAUUUGGCUUUGUUUAGCAAUGUUGCAUUGCCCUAAUCAUAAAUCCUAUAUUCUAAUUAUUUAUCACUUUUGAUCUCGUCUUUGAUAUCACAAUUGGUAUUUCAACAUGAAAAUAUCAGCAUUUAACCUUUUUUACAUGUUAUACAUGCUAGUAAUAAUUGUUUCUAGUUUUAAAAACAUUCCAUCUUCUAGUAAAAUUAAUAAUUUAACUCAAUAGCAUUUAUUUUUUAGCUUAAUUGUGUUCGACUUUUAGUCCGGUUAUCUACUAAGAUGCAUAUAUUUAUUUAAUUUAUUUAAUUUAUUUUUUUGUUCGACUUGGGCUUUGGCGAUAUGUAAUUAUGUAUUUUAAUCAUGAUAUUUGUCAUCUUCCCAAACAUUUCAAACUUUUGACAUAUACCAUUUUGUCUAUUGCAUUUUUACCACCUUCAAGUUUGAUUCUGGCAAAUUUCACUUCUAAUAAUUAUGAGAGUUGCCUCCGUACUUAACGGUGCACGUAAAGCCCGUAAAGCGUAUACUAAUUCAGUCAUGGGGGCGACUGAAUUCGAGAAGGCGUUGUAUGCAUAAUAUUAGUUACAUAUUCUAUACUAUUACGGUCCACAAAUUAACUGUAUUGGUGUAGGAUUUGUAAGCGAAAUUUUUGAUUAUUAUUGAGUAAAUGUCUAUACUGUUUCAGUCAUGGACGUAUAAAUAAAAAUUUAUACGUUUAUAGAGCGACUACGAUAUAAUCAACAGAUAUCAAAUUUUAUUAAUAAUAUACGAGGUAUGUCAAAAAAUAUGAUUUUCUCUCAAGAGUAAAGCAUCUUUAUAUUCCAUAAUAUUGAAAAGUGUUAUUAUCGGAAGUUGUUUGGAAUUAAAAAUUAUGUUCUAAUGCGCAAUUACAUUUUUUUAAUUGAAAAAAAACUUUUUGAAGAUACAAAACAUAAUUUUUAUUUAAGUAUGAUAAUUCCGAAAUUAUUAAUUUUACCAAAAAAAGUUAUUCUUUAUAAAAAGUUAUUCUUUAUAAAAAGUUUUGCACGUUCUAAAAAAUAAGAGUCAAUUAUAAUAUUUCACAUUUUAUCAAUGUUAUACCGUGUAUGUCAAAAAAUGAAUUUCGCUCAAAAGUAAAGUACCUUUAUUUUGCACAAUAUUGAAAAAUUUUAUUAUAAAAAGUUGUUCAGAAUUAAAAAACUAAAAAACAUGUAAGAAUAUACAGUUACAUCUUUUAAAUUGAAAUAUUGUGAACGAUAAAGGUACUUUAAUCUUGAACGAAGUUCAUAUUUUUUGACGAACCUCGUAUAAAAUUUAUAAAAUUUGAUAAAUUAUAGUUGUAUCUUAGUUUCCAGACCAUACAAAACUUUUUAUAAAGAAUAACUUUUUUUCGUAAACCUAAUAAUAUCGGAGUUAUAAAUAAAAAUGAUGUUGGGUUGUAAUUUGUGAAAAAAUUUCAAUUAGAAGAAUGUAAUUGCAUAUUAGAACAUUAUUUUUAAGUCCAAACAAAUUUUUUUAAUAACAAUUUUCAAUCUUGUGAAAUAUAAUAUAAGGUACUUUACUUUGAGAUAAAUUCAUAUUUUUUGACAUUCCUCAUAUUCUAUUGAAAAUUUUGAUAUCAGAUGAUUGCAUCUUAGGUUUUAGACCACGCAGAACUUUUUAUGAAGAAUAACUUUUUUUCGUAAAAUCACUAAUAAAAAAGUUUUCCAUAUGGUUCCAACUUACAGGGACAUACAUACUGUAUAUACUCGUACAUUAGUAGUUAUUCAUUUAUUUUUAAUUUUUAAUCAUAUCCAAAUAUAUAUUGUUUAUUUUCAUUUUCAAAAUAUAUCUAAAUUUUAUGAUAUAAUAAUAAAUCCACUUAAGAGUAAAGGCGCAAAUAUUUUACUUACAGCUAUCCCUACUUUUUCUGUUUUUCCACGCAAAUGGCGUGUAGUAAAAUUCUCACUAGUAUGGAUAUGUAAACAUUACUUGACAAUGUCAUUAUUAACUUUAAAGAGAUGGCUUUUGAAUGUUCUUGGAUAACUGUUAGGUACUUGCUUAAAUUAUUAAUUCAGUUAAUUAAUAUGAUAAUUUUUUCACUAGUAUUCAGUGAUUAUAAUAAUUUAUAUACUCUACAACAAAAACAAAUACUCAAUCGAGAAAAGAAAAAAAGAGAUAGUGAUUUUUUAAUAAUAUAUUGUUACUAUGGAACGUUUACAAUUUUGAACAUCUUUAACAACAAAAUACUUGGAUCACAGAAUGUAUCCUGGAGUAUUCUCUGCUUGGAUCUUCCAUAAAUAAUAAACAAUAAAUAACUUUUUAGUAACAAUAAAUAACUUUAUUUACUAAUCAAUUAUUUAUCAAAUACACUAUCAAUAUUAUUUAAUCAACAACUCAAAAUAUUCCCGAUGCAAUGUCAAAUAUUUAAAAUUGUCACUGUCUUGUCACCAUAUUGUACUCGACUCAGUGCGUUGUAUGACAACGCACUAAAUUAAUAUAUAUUUUAAAAAAAUAUAAACGCAGAAUGAAAGACUAAAUUAUUAUUGAGGGCUGAAAGUCCCUUAGAAUAAAUAAAAAGUUUCUUUUACAUGAGAUAUUUAAGAUUUAAAAUCACACUACAUUUUAUCUUAGAUUUUCAUCCCUGUAACUUAUUAAAAUAAAAAUUAUAGGUUUUCAGGGACUUUCGGCUCUCGGUAAGAACGUAAUCUUUCAUUCUGCGUUUAAAUUUUUCAAAAAUAUUUAGUAGUUUUCUCAGGAUUCGAAAAAAAUGAAUCCCUUUAAAUAGCAUUGGAGCUGAAACUAUUUACCGAUCUCCUUAAGUAAAUACUUGAUUAGUUUUACUUACAUGACUGAAACAGUCUAGACAUUUAUUCAAUAAUAAUCAAAAAAUUCGCUUACAAAUCCUACACCAAUACAGUUAAUUUGUGGACCGUAACAGUAUAGAAUAUGUAACUAAUAUUCUGCAUACAAAACCUACUCGAAUUCAGUCGCCCCCAUGACUGAAUUAGUAUAGCUUUUGUAAAUUCGCCCCCUGGACUAGUGUACAUCGAUACUAGGUCCAUGACACAAGGUUAACGAUGCAAUUGGAGCCAGAAAAUCCGACAGGAUCGCAAUACGAGAUUAUUAUUACCACAUUCAUGGUGUGUUACUAUUGUGUGGUUAUGUUAAAAAUACUCCAUUUUUCCUAAUAUGUAGUUGUAGUUUUUUAAAUUAAAUCAAAUUCUAAAUUAAAACUUUCCUUUCCCUUUUAAAUAUUUGUUUUCUCUCUUUCUUUCUCCCGUAUUAAUAUUACACUUGCUCUGUCAUUUUUCUAAUUAAUUUAAAAAGAAAUUACUUCCCUUGAUGUUUCGGGUUCCUGAUCAGAAGCUUAUUAUGUCAAUAGGGCUUUUCGUUCAUAGUCAUUUGUUUCGAGCUCCUGUCAUAUGUCGUAUAAUCCGAGUAUAUUAAUAUUAUACACAGAUUAUACAACAUAUGACAGAAGCUCGAAACAAAUGACUAUGAAUGAAAAGCCCUAUUGACAUAAUAAGCUUCUGAUCAGGAACCCGAAACGUCAAGGGAAGUAAUUUCUUUUUAAUUUUCGUCGUAUAAUCCGAGUAUAUUAAUAUUAUACACAGAUUAUACAACAUAUGGCAGACACUUGAAACAAAUGACUAUGAAUGAAAAGCCCUAUUGACAUAAUAAGCUUCUGAUCAGGAACGCGAAACGUCAAGGGAAGUAAUUUCUUUUUAAAUUAAUUAGUCAUUUGUUUCGAGCUCCUGUCAUAUGUCGUAUAAUCCGUGUAUAUUAAUAUUAUACACAGAUUAUACAACAUAUGACAGAAGCUCGAAACAAAUGACAAUCGAUGAAAGGCCCUAUUCUAUCACUCUCUACAACUAGGUUCUCUCUAUCAGUCUAUUCCUCCUACCGUAACCUAUCUCACUAUCCAUCACUACCUUCGUGAUAACGUCUAUCAGCUUUUGCUGAAGAAUAACGGUAUAAUUUGCUUUUAACCUAUAAUGUCUUUUUUAUGUCUUCUUCUUUUUGUAUAGACAUGACUCUCUGUUUUUUCGAUAUUCCUCCAGUAUGUUGGGUAUAUGGAAUAAUAGGUUAUGGGAAUAUAUGGGUUGUAGAGCCAAUGAUGGAGUAAUCCGACUUACAUCGAGCAUACUGACAGAUCACCUAAACCAUCAAAGAACGCAAUCUAGAAUAUCUUAUAUAGUUAUUCGCGAGCUCAAGCGAGGGUGCUGCCGCUUACUUGGAACUAGAGGAAUUGGGAUGAAAAUAUAAACCAAUUAUCCGUUAAUCUAUGUAUGAACGUCGUUUGAAAGCUUGUCGGAUGUGUUCAUUUUAUAAAUAAUUUAUUUAUAUUAAUUAAUUACAUCAAUAACAAUAUUAAUUAUAGAAAAAUACGAUAUCCCAAUUACAUCGGCCAUUUUCAUGCAACUGCACUGCCACCUAUAGUCGAUUGAGUUCGCGAAUAGCCAUGUUAUGAGGAAUGAACAGAGAUAUGGCUGGCUGCAACUCAUUCUUCAGGGCAAGGUAUGUGGGAAGAGUGGACCAGGGAGAAGAAGAAUAUCUUGGCUUCAAAACCGGAGAAAGUGGUUCAAUACAUCGACAACCGGACUAUUCCGAAGUUAGGAGAGCCAUGCUGAUCGCCAACAUCCGGAACAGAUAGGAACGGUAAGAAGAAGAUACUGACAGAUGCAGCUGGUAGAUCGAUAAACAAUCUUUUUCAUCAGAGUCACAUAGCAAGAUUAUCAUUAUGGAAAUAUGUACAAAAAAAUCUACGUAAACAUUUUAAAUAUUGGUAAUUGCAAAUCAUGGUGACAAGUACCAAUGAAUGUCAAUAAUAUUUAAAAUAUUAAUUUUACGCGUCUUCCUCGCGAGAAGAAGUUAUAAAUUAAAUAAUUAGGUAAUUUUGGCCUUUCCAAACUCAUAUCACUAGCCGCCACUAGUUACAAAUAAAAAUAAUGACUUUCCUACAUAAAAUUUGUUAAUAAGGGGGCAUUUCUGCGUCAAAUUGCGCAAACAUUUUCUAAUUUCGUUAUCUUAUACUUGUACAUCUCAUCAAAACGAUGUUUGUAUUUUUUAGUGUUACGACACUUUUAGGGAUAAACCUUUUGGAUGGGGAGGGAAUGUUCAAGCACUUUUGGCUUUUAGUUUUUUUUUUUGUUAUUCCGAGUGUAUGUUGAAAAUUUAGCUUCUUAUCGGUUUUUGCCGUUUUACGAUGUGUUACCUCACUCAGAGCUGUAUGCCGCUCAUUAAAGUAACUGAUAUAAGAAAAAGACUAAGUUUUCACUCUAAUGGCAUAUAACAUAUCCCACCAGAAUGAAAACAAUGGGAACCUUCUCUGGUUACACCUCCGAGGCUUCUACAAUUUGCAAGCCAUACGGAUGCUGAGACUAAGGAAGAUGAGGGAAUUCUACAAUUUACAAUUCACGUCACAUCUGCUCAGCGCGGUAAAGUUCCAACGAGACUGGUUCCCUUCAUACUCCACACAGAGUAAAUGUAAAUCAAAAAUUGUUUUCAUUCUGGUGGGAUAUGUUAUAUGCCAUUAGAGUGAAAACUUAGUCUUUUGCUAGCAGUUGCCGCUAGGGCAUCUAUGCCAUUUCGUUCGUUGCAAUUCGGGACUGCACGCUGGGGUUUGUUUUGGUUGGAUCAGGGAGAGCAGCAUAUGUGCCUCCUGAUGAGAGACUAAUAAGUUUCGAAACCGGUAGAGGUGCUUGCAGCACUCUCUGAUUGGACUGGAAUAUGGUUCGGCUGUAUUUUCGUUUUGCAACGAAAUUGAAAAUGGUUAUUCAUUUUUAACUGAUAUAAGUUAAUCCCUUACAGUUGUAUGACUGUUUCAGAAAAAAGACAAACAGCCUUUAUAGCAUCAAUCCGUCAUCAUUAUGAAGAAAUCUGAUAGCUUUAUGUAUUACGAGUGAGAAGCUGUAUCAAAACAUUGUCUAAAAUGCCUUUUACUCUGUGAAACUAUCAGCUUGUCGCUCCAAAGGCGAGAUAGUUUUAAAUAACCAAAGUUAUUAGACCUUAACGCCACCAGCCGUUUUGUUUUGCAAGAAAGUAUGCACUGUAUGUCCACAUAUAGUGCUACUAAGUGUAAAAUUAUUAUUGAGUAACCUCAAUUUCCUCCUAACAGUUUUGUCACUUUUUAACACCUCUAGUAACAGACUACAAAGUAAAUCGAUUAUUUUCAAAGCAGUUUUUUAUUGUCCUCUUAAUGAAAGCCGACCUUCCAAUCGUUUCGCCGGUAAGGACUCGAUAAGAGGAUUGUUCUAAACUAUUUAUCCAAAAUAGCAUCACAAAAAAAUAAUCUCGUAUUCUGAUCUGAAUAAAUAAGUGACAAUGGUAUUUGUGAAUCAUCUGACUGAUUUUUUCGAAUAAUUUAAAUAACCAAUUUUCAGCAACCUUUGUUCGAUCUGUCGUAUAUAUCUCUCGAUACAUAUAUUUGCGUCCACCUAUCAUUUUCAAGAUAUCCAUGCAACCUCCAUUUUGCGGACAGCUUCAUUAAAAAAAGCUAAUGAAGUGAUGCUGGUCAACAUGACAAUAUAAAUUUAUAUCAUGAACAUAAUAAUGACUUAUGUUAUCAUACUAAUGAAACAAUCAUAGGAUACUAAUAUAUAGUAUUUUUACUACAAAAACGUUAUUACGUAGGUCAAAAUUUUUGACGUAAGAGAACUGUCAAAACAUUAGAAUGUGACUUUUCAUUAUUGCUAUGUUUAUUAUAAGCACGGCAAUAAUGAAAAGUUACAUUCUAAUGUUUUGACAGUUCUCUUACGUCAAAAAUUUUGACCUACGUAAUAACGUUUUUGUAGUAAAAAUACUAUACUUCAAAUAUUUUCAGCAAUACCUCCAUACUAAAGGAGAAUCGUAAAAUUCAUCAAAUUUGGGACACUCUAGAUAGCUGUCAAAACAUGAUGACAAAAUAUUAAAUAAUUUCCAAAAUUAUGUUUUUAAAUUUUUUAUUUCCGGUUGAAUAAUUUUACAGUAUGAAAAUAACUUAAUUGUUUAAUACAACUUGUUUAAUUUUUUUUUGUGAUAUAUCUGGAUAUUUGACGCCCGAACCGAUUCUAUUAAAUCUGUACUAUUUUAAUUUGACAACUGAGAAAUAGUGGGUAUUCUGAUCCCAUAUAUUUUUCAAAUUUAGAUAAGUAUUAAAACAAUGAAAAGAUUAAAAAUGUUAUAUAUCUAUACAGUUUUCAUUUCAUUUGUAUAUUUUCUGUACAUUAAAUAAAUCAUUAACUGAAUUUUGAAAAACUCCAUAUUUAUAGAUCUCAAUUUGCGAGUGAGCACCUUAUUAUGUAAUAUAGAUAUUUGGAAAAUGGUCCUUACAUUACUA